CGCGUGAAACUAGUAUUUGCUUUUGCUUCGAUGAAGGGCUAAAGCUCGAAACGUCAGCGCAUCUACUUUGAUUCACAAAUGCGUUUAAAAUACCUUUUCAACCUUGUGUUGAUUUAUACCAAGUGUUGCUAGGAUACGUGAGAGCUAGCCAAUCAGAGGCGUAUCGAAAAAUGGCUGUUUAUUCUCAAAAUAACUUUCAAGCCCGACAUCAUUGGAACAUGCCCUAAUACGGGGGAUUCGUUCUCUUACAUCAUGGUCUCUUGGAUGACCAGUAUCUCAAGAAACUGUCAAGCUGUGCUUCUUCAUGCCUCAUCAUAGCCUGUUUGUGUUACAGUUUACAGCAAGCCUACAGGGCUGUAAAGAUGGCUUGUUUACUUGUGUAAACGGAGGAACGUGCGAGGUCGACUGCAAUUCUCUUCGCCAAAGAUGUCAUUGUCCUGCAGGCUUUUCUGGAGACAAGUGUGAAACAACGCGUGUUGGUUGCGUACUGUAUUUCCCAAGUAUAAAGACAUCCAACUUCAUCCAACUCGUCAAUCCGUUUACUACAACGCUUGGAGCCUUUUCAGUAUCAGUGUGGCUGAAAAUUGGUGCAAAUGUAAAUGUAGACCCCGUCAUGAUAUUUUCAUACGCAACUAGCUCAACAGCAGAGUCACUAAGCGUUGGCAUCAAGAAGGAUGGUGUGUCCGAGAUCAAGUUUGCUGGCACAGGAGUUGCAAUUCCAUCUGGCUUUAAUCGUGACAAUAUUUGGCAGCAUCUAGUAUUCAUGUAUGGGCAUGGAAAAUUCAAGUUGUACAAGAAUAAGGUCGAGCAAGGGCAUAAGGAUUCAGACAUCUCCUCAGGCUCCUUUGAUACACAAGGUACUUUGAUGAUUGGCCAAUACCAGGGAUCUGUCGGAGGAGGCUUUGACCAGUCAAAGCUUUUUUACGACUACAUGGCGAACUUCAACAUCUGGGACUAUGCUAUUAACCAGACCAUCAUUGACGCUGUUUACGCACAAGGUUGUACUGGCUCUUUCUUUGCCACACCGAUCUUGUCUUGGGGACAGAUUACCAGUCGCCCUAUAUCCGGGGACAUUAUGGCAGAUUGCGCUUUGCGAUGCUAAAUCAUGAUAAAUAUGAUGAUAAAUCAAACUGAUGAUAAAGAUGGAGAUUACAAACCUUUAUUUGAUAUUAUUUAAUAUAAUUGUCAAAAUGCAAGUUACUAGGUUAAUCUCAUUUAAAUAAAGGUAAAGUCUGCAAGGCGAA